UCCCGGCUCGGCACAGCACGGCACGGCUCCUCUCCCGCUGAACAUGUCCAUAGAGGAUCCAGUUACACACCGCCCCAUCUUUAAGCCCCGGUCAGAGCUCCGUUAGCCGCAGGACAACAGCAGGACAGCAGCCUGGAACAGCCCGGAACAGCCUCCACACACAUGCCUUGAAAAAAAAAAAAAAAAAAAAAAAAAGGGAAGAGCUGGAGACUAGUUAAUGGGAGGAGAUCACAUUCACUCUGACAAUGAUUGAAACAAUAGAUACACAGCGUGCCUUGCAGGCGGUGGAGCGUCUCCAGGCCAAACUCAAGGAGCGGGGGGAGGUGCCCACUGAGGAGAAGCUCAGCCUGCUCAAAUCAGUGCUCCAGAGCCCCCUCUUCCACCAGAUAUUGGCCCUGCAGAAGACUGUCCAGCACCUCAAAGACCAGGGGAACGUCCCGUCGUCUCGAGGGAGUGACCUCAGCGAUCACGGCAUUGCAGUCAAGCCCAAUGGCAGCCAUCAUUCCUACUCCGAUAUCUCAGCUGCUGCACACGUCAAUGGCAAGACAUCAGAAGAUUUUGAGCACAUUCUUCACACCAUGGCACAGGGGCGCUACGUGACGCAUGUGGAGCUACAGAAGCCGGUGUCAGGAGGUCUCGGGUUCAGCGUGGUGGGCCUGAAGAGCGAGAACCGCGGAGAGCUCGGCAUUUUUAUCCAGGAGAUUCAGCCAGGAAGCGUGGCCCACUGCGAUGGCAAGCUCAAAGAAGCCGACCAGAUCUUGGCUAUUAACGGCCAGGCCCUGGACCAGACUGUCACCCACCAGCAGGCAAUAGGCAUCCUGCAGAGCGCUUCAGAGAGGGUGCAGCUCAUAGUGGCAAGAGGACCAAUACCUCAACUGGCCAGUCCUGUGGUAUCCCGCACACCCUCUGCCGCCAGUACACUGUCUGCCAACUCCAGCGCGUGGCAGCAUCUGGAGACCAUUGAGCUGGUCAAUGACGGCACCGGCCUGGGCUUUGGGAUUGUUGGAGGAAAGACCACCGGGGUUAUUGUCAAAACAAUCCUUCCAGGAGGAAUAGCUGACCAGGAUGGCCGCCUGCGCAGUGGGGAUCACAUCCUGAGAAUCGGAGACACUGACCUGUACGGUAUGGGCAGUGAGCAGGUGGCCCAGGUCCUCCGGCAGUGUGGAAACCGUGUGAAGCUGGUCGUAACUAGAGGCCCGGUGGACGAAACCCCCUCUGUCUCUGCAGUCAUGCCGGUCGUACUCCCCACUGUCAACGAACAACAGGGCUAUGAGGAAGAGGAGGCAGAAGCUUUUGAUGUGAGCCUUACUAAGAACACCCAGGGACUAGGCAUUACCAUCGCGGGCUAUGUUGGAGACAAAAAUUCAGAGCCCUCGGGUAUUUUUGUUAAGAGCAUAACGAAAGACAGCGCCGUAGAUCAAGAUGGACGCAUUCAUGUGGGAGACCAGAUUAUCGCUGUGGACGGCAUCAACAUCCAGGGAUACACCAAUCAGCAGGCAGUGGAGGUCCUCAGACACACGGGUCAGACGGUCCACCUGAAGCUCAUCCGCCGGGGCUUCAGGCCUGAGGAGAUCCCCCCCGCAGUGGACACCAGCGCCACCAUCCUGUCCCCGUCCGCCACCAUCCCCACCACCGCCACCGUCAUGAGGGAGCUGGAGAUGGAGCUGGAGGGGAAGAAGGCAGAGGAGGCCAGUCAAGUCGCCGCAGAUGAAAAGCAGCUGCAGACAAAGAGUGAAGGAUCUGAUGUCGGCGGAGCCACGGAUCAGCUAACGGAAGACAAUCAUGGGAUGAAGCUUACACUGUUUGAAGAAGAAGAACUAAUGAAGAAGUGGCUGGAGAUUCUGGGACUGAGCAAUGAAGUUGUUGUGGCUCAGGUGGAGAAGUUCAGUGAGAGCAGUGGGCUGGGCAUCAGUCUCGAAGCCAAUAGUGGGCAUCAUUACAUCCGAUCUGUCCUACCGGAGGGACCGGUUGGACGCUGUGGAAAGCUGUUCAGUGGAGAUGAACUGCUUGAGGUUAAUGGUAUAUCCCUGAUCGGCGAGACCCACAAGGAAGUAGUCCGGAUCCUGAAGGAGCUGCCAGUCUAUGUUUAUAUGACAUGUUGUAGGCCCGCUCCUCUUCUGCAGCCUGACAUGGACGCUGUCAUUCCAGAAACAGAGGCUCUGUCCACUGCAUCUAAAUUAAAGAAACAAAUUGAUCUGAGCAAUGUGCUGGUUGCUGAAGACCCAGAAGUGAACACAGCAGCGGCGACACAGGAUAAUGUGACAGAGGAGGCAAUAGGAUCUGCUUUGGCCAUGUGGGAACUGGAAAUCCAGAAUAUUGAGCUGGAGAAAGGAGAAGGGGGACUGGGAUUCAGCAUUCUGGACUACCAGGACCCACUGGACUCGGCUAAGACAGUAAUUGUGAUCCGCUCUCUCGUUCCUAAUGGUGUGGCUGAGCAGGAUGGCAGGCUGUUGCCAGGAGACCGACUCAUGUAUGUUAACACCACUAACCUGGAGAACGCCAGUCUGGAGGAUGCUGUCCAGGCCCUGAAGGGGGCCAAGCUUGGCCAGGUCCAGAUAGGAGUCGCCAAACCACUACCUGGAAUAUGUGGAUAUUCCCACUCUCCACACCCAUAUGGUGAGCAGGAAAUAACUUCAUCAUCCACCAUCCAUUCAUUUGACUUCAACAGUAUUUUGGUUGAAGAAGGAGAGGAAGAAGGACUGGCUGAGGGCAUCGUUUACCGAGCAGAGCCUGCAUUGAUUGAUACUAGUGAAGCAGACCUGACUGAUGAAAAGAUUUUAGAGCGUACUUUCUCUGGAAUAGAGGACGAUACUUUCCAAGCAUCCAUGAUUGCUCUUCAUGGUAGCAGCUGCAGCGCGGACCAGGACUACAUGCACUCAUCCACACCUAAGCUGACGGCUCGCCUGGACGUACUGGAUGAGCAUCCUUGCUUUGCGCCGCCGACGGGCCUCGCAGAUAACGUGACGCCGUUCUGCCUGGAGAAGUCGGCCUCUUUCCCUUCUCCAAGUUUGAGAGGUCACGUUCUGGCGUUUAACACCAUACUGAGCAGCUCCGGUCAGUACCUGGCGCAACACUCCACCAACGAAGAACCAGGGAAUCGCUCAAACUCAUACAGCCCGUUCGGUGAAAUGGGAACCAGAAGUGAUAUUCUGGAGGAACCUGUGGAGUCGCUUCAUUUUCCCAAAGAGGCCCCCAUUCCUUUUGGGGAUAUUGAAGAUAUACAGAUUUUGAUGAAGGACGAAGAGGCUGGCGUGAAAGAAUCGGCAGAAGAUGAAGACAAGGAAGUACUGACCUCCGGGAGCAGUUUUGAAAGGACGAUCACAGUUGUCAAGGGCAAUUCCAGCCUGGGGAUGACAGUGAGCGCCAUGAAGGACGGUUUAGGGAUGCUGGUCCGCAGCAUAAUCCACGGUGGAUCCAUUAGCCGCGAUGGACGUCUAGGGGUUGGCGAUCUGAUCUUGGCCAUCAACGGCGAACCCACGGCCAACCUGACCAACGCUCAGGCCCGCGCCAUGCUCCGGAGACACUCCCUCAUCGGACCAGACCUGGGAUCUGCUUGUACACCUGAGGACGAUCUGUGCCCAUUUUAUGUCAUUACAUAUGUCCCAGCAGAAUAUUUAGAGGAAUACAAAGCCAGCCGAGAGCAAGUUAAAGAUGAUGUCUUCUCUGAAGAGGCUCGGGUCCCAGCUCCACCUUCAAAAGAUAUUCCAAACCUCCCAGAGCGAGAAGAUGGAGAAGGGGAGGAAAGUUCUGCAUACAGCAACUGGAACCAACCUAGAAAAGUGGAGCUUUUCAGAGAGCCGGGCAAGUCCCUGGGGAUUAGUAUCGUCGGUGGCCGAGGGAUGGGCAGCCGGCUGAGCAAUGGAGAGGUGAUGAGAGGCAUUUUUAUCAAACACAUCCUGGAGGACAGUCCUGCUGGACAAAACGGGACCCUGAAAACCGGAGACAGGAUUGUGGAGGUGGAUGGAGUGGAUCUGAGAGAUGCUAGUCAUGAGGAGGCAGUCGAGGCCAUACGCAGGGCCGGAAACCCCGUCUCCUUCUUGGUCCAGAGUAUCAUCCACAGACCCAGGCCUGAGUCAAUAUAUAGCCCAGCUCCAUCGUCUGCAGUAGAAAAACACUUCACCGCUUUCACAUGCAUGCCACAUCCCACAUGUCAGUCAUCGAUAACAGACUCCAGCGAGGAGCGAGCUGCAGCUGCAACAAGGGACAACAAGGACAAGGAGGGUGACAGUCACAGUAGACUUUUCCUCCGCCUCUCCCCAACUAACCCUUUCACUCCUACCCCGUUUAAGCCGGCGAAGCGUGAAGCGGCGAAGGCAUCUCCCACCAGCGCUGUCCUCCCCCUGCCAGUGGUGCCCCAUGUGGGAGAGACUGAUACAGACACACUGACAGAGAUUCCUGGCAGACCUACCGAGGCAGAGGAGGAGAAGGAGGAGGAGGAGGAGGAGGAAGAAGAAGAGGAUGAGUUUGGAUACAACUGGAAGAACAUAAUCCAGCGCUAUGGCAGCCUCCCAGGUGUUCUGCACAUGAUCGAGCUGGAGAAAGGCAAGACGGGCCUGGGUCUCAGUCUGGCGGGGAACAGGGACCGCUCACGCAUGAGUGUGUUCGUGGUGGGAAUAGACCCCAGCGGGGCGGCCGGUCGGGACGGACGCAUGGUUGUUGGGGAUGAGCUGCUUGAGAUCAAUGGGCAGGUCCUUUACGGGCAUAGUCACCAGAACGCAUCCUCCAUCAUAAAGAGCUCUCCAUCCAAAGUCAAAAUCAUCUUUAUCAGGAACACCGAGGCGCUGAACCAGAUGGCUGUGGGACCGGUGAGAGAACACGAGGGAGACACGGUGGAGCCCCACGCUGAGCAGGAACCAACUACUGCCAACGGUGACGCUGAUGUAUUACAACAUGUCCAUCACAUCGCAAAGGAUGACGGCGGACCUGGCAUCACCUUUGUAGAGGGCAACACUGAGAGCGGAUUGGAGAUUGAAAGUAUAUCUGAAGUGAAAGGACACACUGGAAAGGAGGGCUGCAUGAAAGCAGGUGACAAACUGUUAGCAGUGAAUGGUGAAUCAGUCCUGGGAUACUCUGUGGAAAAAGUCAGUUCUCUUCUGAGAAAUACCAAAGGUCCAGUGAAGCUAACCUACUCUACAACAGAGACCCCUUCCCUCUCCUCUCUGCAGUCAACCAACCAAGACAGAUGUAGCUCAGACGGAGUCCACACCAGUCUACCCAGCAUUUCUACCAGCAUCUUAUCUACUUUGAGUCAACCAGAGGCGGAAGUAGUCACAAGUCUGAGUCGCUCAUCCACCCCUUCCACAUUGACCUGUGACCCGGCGACCUGUCCCAUCAUCCCCGGCUGUGAGACCACCAUCGACAUCUCCAAGGGCCGCACUGGCCUGGGCCUCAGCAUUGUGGGGGGCUGCGACACCCUCCUGGGGGCCAUCAUUAUCCACGAGGUUUAUGAGGAAGGGGCCGCCUCGAAAGAUGGCAGACUGUGGGCAGGAGACCAAAUCCUAGAGGUGAACGGCAUUGACCUGCGAGCCGCCAGCCACGACGAAGCCAUUAACGUGCUUCGCCAGACGCCGCAGAGAGUCCGUCUGACUGUCUACAGGGACGAAGCCCAGUACAAGGAGGAGGACCUGUGGGACUCCUUCUCUGUGGAGCUCCACAAGAAACCGGGCCAGGGUCUGGGCCUGAGCAUAGUAGGAAGGAGAUCGCGGGCACACAGGAAUGACACUGGAGUGUUCGUGUCCGACAUCGUGAAAGGAGGAUUGGUGGACUCUGAUGGCCGACUGAUGCAGGGAGACCAGAUCCUGUCGGUCAACGGGGAGGACGUCCGCUCGGCCACUCAGGAGGCGGUGGCUGCGCUGCUAAAGUGCUGCGUGGGGCCUAUAAAUAUGGAAGUGGGGAGGUUCAAAGCUGGCCCCUUCCACUCUGAAAGGAGGCUGUCUCAGAGCAGUCAGAUGAGUGAACCAGGCAGCUCCAAGGUGGGCCCUCAGUCCUGUUCAGACCCCGGACCCCUCCCCUCCGACACCGACAAACUAAGUAAAAGUCAGGAGUCUUCAGAGCACCCGGACAUCAGAACCGUGGAGUUCACCAAAGGUCCCAGUGACUCCCUGGGCAUCAGCAUAGCAGGAGGAGUGGGCAGUCCUCUGGGCGACAUACCCAUCUUCAUCGCCAUGAUGAAUCCCGUCGGCCUCGCUGCUCAGACGCAAAAGCUCAAGAUCGGGGACCGGAUUGUCAGUAUUUGUGGAACCUCCGCUGAAGGCAUGAGCCACUCGCAGGCUGUCAGUCUGCUGAAGAACGCCAUGGGCACCAUACAACUGCAGGUGGUAGCGGGCGGUGACACCACAGUGACGGGCCCCACUCAGGACCAGGCUGCUGGGGGCCUCACACCAAGCUGCAUCUUCCAGGACGACUUAGGCCCUCCUCAGUAUAAAACGAUCACUCUGGAACGAGGACCAGACGGACUUGGUUUCAGUAUAGUCGGAGGCUACGGCAGCCCACAUGGAGACCUGCCCAUCUAUGUGAAAACUGUUUUUGGAAAGGGUGCAGCCGCGGAGGACGGGCGUCUGAAGCGAGGGGAUCAGAUAAUGGCGGUCAACGGGCAGAGUCUGGAAGGCGUCACUCACGAAGAGGCCGUCGGCAUCCUGAAAAGGACCAAAGGAACCGUCACGCUCACUGUGCUAUCGUAGAAAUGUAGAUAUGCAAAUGAGUCACAAACAUGCACAGUAUUACGUCGCGCUACUUUACAACACAGCUCUUCCUUUACCUGUUGAAUAUUUCCCAACUGAUCUGUGAACACACUGAAUGAACACACAUACACUGAUAAAGAUGAAGCAACAUUUGGCUCAUUGUAGCUUUGAACACUGUAGAAUCAAACCAUGUAAUAAAGCCCACACUUCC